AGGGACGCAGCUGCUGCUGUUAUUAGGACACAUCCAAGGGGAAACGUCUGAAUGAAUGUCAUUUAAAAGUGUAAAUUAUUCAAACUUGGACUGGUUUCUCCUCUAAACGCGGGACCUGUUCCGUGUGAGGACAGAGUGAAGACCGAAUCAUGCACAAGCUCACAAGGGCGACGCUGGCCUUCAACGGACUUGGCCGGUGUUUUAUUGCAGAAAAGCAUUUGUCGGCUAUUAAAAUCACCAACCGAGGAUUAGUGUGUGCAGAACAUGGAGGCGACUCUGGCAAGAAUCAUGAGGUUUAUGAUGUUGUUAUAUCCGGGGGAGGAAUGGUUGGAUCUGCAAUGGCAUGUUCCCUAGGCAUGGAUCCCAACCUGGAGGGUAAGAAGAUUCUUCUACUUGAAGCGGGCAAAAAGAAAGUGAUGGACAAGGUCCCAGACACCUACAGCACCCGAGUCAGCUCCAUCAGCCCAGGCUCUGCCACCGUCCUCAGUGGUAUUGGAGCAUGGGAAGACAUCACACAGAUGAGGUGCAAGCCCUAUAAAAGGAUGCAGGUUUGGGAUGCCUGCUCGGAUGCCCUGAUCACAUUCGAUAAGGAGGACCUGCAGGACGAGAUGGCGUACAUCGUGGAGAACGACAUCGUUGUGGCUGCGCUCACUAAACAGCUGGACAGCUUGUCUGAUAACGUGCAAGUUAAAUACAGGUCCAAGGUGGUGAAGUAUGGGUGGCCCAUGCCCCACCUGGCAGCAGACUCCAUUCCAUGGGUCAAGGUCACAUUGGCCAACGGAGAGACAGUUCAGACCAAGCUGCUGAUUGGUGCAGAUGGACCAAACUCAAUGGUGAGGCGGGCACUGGGGAUACCCACAGUCAAGUGGAAUUACGACCAGUCUGCUGUGGUCGCUGUGCUGCACCUAUCAGAGCCCACAGAGAACAAUGUCGCAUGGCAGAGGUUCCUCCCAACAGGACCCAUUGCAAUGUUACCGCUGUCGGACACAGAGAGCUCUCUGGUGUGGUCAACCAGCCAUCGGCUGGCGGGGGAGCUGCUGGAGCUGGAUGAGGAAAGCUUUGUCGAUGCUGUCAACUCUGCCUUCUGGAGUAAUGAGAACCAGUCAGAGCUGUUUGAGACGGCUGGCGCUAUGUUCCGCAGUGCCCUGGCGGCCGUCAUGCCGUCUGCAGGUUCACCUCGACAGCUUCCCCCAAGUGUGGCAGGGAUCGGCCCAAAGACCAGGGUCAUGUUUCCUCUGGGCAUCGGUCAUGCAUCAGAGUACGUCAGGCACCGCGUAGCUCUCAUUGGGGACGCGGCCCAUCGUGUCCAUCCUCUGGCGGGUCAGGGAGCCAACCUGGGCUUUGGGGAUGUGGCUUGCCUCACACAGCUCCUGAGCCAAGCAGCCUUUGACGGGAAGGACCUGGGGGCGAUGCAGCACCUGCUAGAAUAUGAAACUGAACGCCAGCGACACAAUCUGCCCAUGAUGGCCGCCAUCGACCUCAUGAAGCGCCUCUACUCCACUAACGCUGCUCCUGUCGUCCUCCUACGCACCUUUGGUCUGCAGGCCACCAACAUGCUCCCAGCGCUAAAAGACCAGAUGAUGGCAUAUGCAAGCAAGUGAUGCAUCUGUCGUGCAAGGUAGUCAGUGAAUCUUAAAAAACUGUAAAAAUUGUGAAUGUAAAAUAAUAAAAAAUAUAUUUUACUCUU